AAGAGAACACCAUUAAAUGUGUACUAACGUACAUUCUCUUUUAUUGAGAUGUGAACACAAAAUCUUAUCUUUAAUUCUCAUGCACCAGCUCUGCUUCUAUCCAAAUGCCCGGCCAUACAUACAUACAUAUUUCCCGCCUCUAUAUAUAACCCUCCUCUCCUCUUUAUCGAGGAGCAACCAAUUCUAAAAAAAAGGAAAUAAUGGAUCCUUUUCAGUUUAUUUCCUGUUUCUGUCUAUACGCCUUCUUUGUUCCAGCAAUUGGCUCUACUAUUCUUUUCCAGGGGUUCAACUGGGAAUCGAACAAGCAACAAGGGGGCUGGUACAACUCGCUCAUCAAUAAGAUCCCGGAUUUGGCUAAGGCCGGGGUUACUCAUGUCUGGCUCCCGCCCCCGUCCCACUCCGUUUCGCCCCAAGGGUAUAUGCCUGGAAGGCUGUAUGACCUGGACGCAUCCAAAUAUGGAAACAAGCAACAACUUCAGGCUCUUAUAAGGACACUUCAUGACAACAACAUCAAGGCCGUGGCAGACAUUGUGAUCAACCAUAGAUGUGCUGACUAUAAAGAUAGCCGGGGUAUCUACUGCAUCUUCGAAGGUGGCACAUCUGAUGGUCGUCUUGAUUGGGGGCCGUCCUACAUAUGCAAAGACGACACGCAAUACUCGGACGGCAAUGGAAAUCCUGACACCGGCAUGGACUUUGGUGCGGCCCCGGACAUCGACCAUCUCAACGAGAAUGUACAAAAUGAGUUGUCGGAUUGGAUGAAUUGGCUCAAAUCCGAAAUCGGGUUCGACGGUUGGCGAUUCGAUUUCGUGAGGGGGUACGCGGGUAGCAUCACUAAGAUCUACAUGGAAAGGACCAAACCGGGUUUCGCCGUGGGCGAGUUUUGGAACUCUUUGGCAUACGAAACAGAAGCAACCCCCAAAUACAACCAGGAUGGUCACAGGAAUGAGCUAUCCCAAUGGGUGCAGAAUGGGGGAGGCUUUGUGACUGCCUUUGAUUUCACCACCAAAGGGAUUCUUCAGGCUGCUGUCGAAGGAGAGCUUUGGAGGUUGAGGGAUUCCAAUGGAAAGCCUCCCGGCCUUAUCGGGAUUUCGCCGAAAAACGCGGUCACUUUUGUUGAUAACCAUGACACCGGAUCAACACAGAGGCUUUGGCCUUUUCCUAGUGAUAAAGUUAUGCAAGGAUAUGCUUACAUCCUCACCCAUCCUGGAGUUCCAUCUGUGUUUUAUGAUCAUUUCUUUGAUUGGGGACUGAAGGAUCAAAUUUCAAAUUUGAGUUCAGCGAGGAAUAGGAAUGGGAUUAAUGAGGCAAGCAGUGUUGAGAUUUUGGCUGCUGAAGCUAAUAUGUAUGUGGCAAAGGUUGAUGGGAAAGUAUUAGUGAAGAUAGGGAGCAAACAAGAUAUGGGAAACUUAAUUCCACCCAAUUUCAAAGUUGUUGCAUCUGGACAGGACUACGCUGUGUGGGAGAAACGUGCGUAAAUAUAAUUUGCGGGUUUCAAUAGUGGACCACGCAAGCAAUAUACCUUUGUAAUUUCUAUGAGAAUAAUAAUACAUUAAUGCGCAUGAUAGUGUAAUCAUAAUUUAUACUCAAUAAAUAUAAAUGUUCAAGGCACACAUGUAUGUACGGAUUAUAAUCAGAUCAAAUGUUUCAAAAGAAAUACAAUAAUGAAUAUGUUAUAUCAAAUUGUAUACAAAGUGUUUAAAAGAUGGCAAUUUUAUGGUACCUUCAAAGGAAUGUAUUUUGUUCACAUGGAUCAAUUAAAAUAUUACAAUUGAAUAAUUUAAAUAUAAUUAAAUGACGAAAUAAUUAUUUGGAUUAAUCCAUGCUGCAUGAUAAGUGCAGUACCUUUAUUGGGGAU